AUUCGUUCCAAGUGCUGAUCCAGUAUCCCGACGUGGUCACCGCACAAUCCGCUAAAUUGUCAUUGGACGGACAAAAUCUGUUCCAUACAGGCCAUUUGUUUGAUCUGUCGCAUUUGAACAACUCUCUGGAUGGCCAAAACAUUUACACAUCGUGCUGCAAACUGCGCAUCGAGUACUCAAAAUUGUCCAGCUUGAACGUGAAAUACAACAACGACAAGUCRCGGGACUACACCAACCCGACGCUGCCCAACGGCGACAACACGGUAAUGGAAACGCUGGCGGCGCUCGGUGUGGACUCUGUGGCUGGAAAUCAGCUGCUGCCCCACCAGCUCAGUCUACUGCUGUCCGGCGUGCCAAGUGCCGCUGCUGGACUUCCACAGGCCCGCCGGCAGUUGACCACCGGUGCCGACCAUAGCCGACUCGCAGGUACUCGACAUUUCAUCCACUCCGACGCGAAGGAUUUACGUCACUGCAUUAAUAUAGGUACACAUAUACUUACCUGA